AUUCGGCAGCAGCAACUUCCUGGACGCACGCAGGCUUCAGAGCCCCCCAGCUUCCGCGCCCCCUCGGCCCUGAAACUUGGAGCUGGAUAGGGGUCCAGCAUGAAGCCCCCGGACCGCCCUGCCCCUGGCCGCACUGACCGGAUACUGGGGGUCAUGGGGGGCAUGCUGCGCGCAUGCGCCCUACCUGGGCAAGAGGGGAGAAGCCCCCUAGGACCGGAGGGGACCGAGCCAGAGUCAGCCUAUAUGGAGGGUGAUCAGAGAGGGGAGCGCAAGCUUGAGGUCCCCGCUUGGGCUCCGCUGCCCGAAUCCUAUUCCAUUGCUGGCAGUGAGGGGAGUAUCUCAGCUUCAGCUGCCUCGGGUCCGGCUGCUCCCUCUGACCCCAACUCUGGCCUCAGCUCUGGCCCCUGUUCCCCGGGCCCCCCAGGGCCAGUCAGUGGACUGAGAAGAUGGUUGGAUCACUCCAAACAUUGUCUCACAGUGGAAACUGAGGCAGAUGGUGGCCAGGCUGGACCAUAUGAGAACUGGAUGCUGGAACCAGCUCUAGGCACAGGAGAGGAGCUGCCAGAAUUGACCCUGCUGACCACACUGUUGGAAGGUCCUGGAGAUAAGAUGAAGCCACCUGAGGAGGAGACUUUGUCCCAAGCCCCCAAGAGUGAAGAGGAACAGAAAAAUAAGGCUCUGGAAAGGAGUAUGUAUGUCCUUGGUGAACUGGUAGAGACUGAGAAAAUGUAUGUGGACGACUUGGGGCAGAUUGUGGAGGGUUACAUGGCCACCAUGGCUGCCCAGGGGGUCCCUGAGAGUCUUCGAGGACGUGACAGGAUUGUGUUUGGAAACAUCCAGCAAAUCUAUGAGUGGCAUAGAGACUAUUUCCUGGGGGAGCUACAGCGGUGUUUAGAGGAUCCUGAUUGGCUGGCUCAGCUAUUCAUCAAACACGAGCGCCGGCUGCAUAUGUAUGUGGUAUACUGUCAGAAUAAGCCCAAAUCAGAACAUGUGGUGUCAGAAUUUGGGGACAGCUAUUUUGAGGAGCUCCGGCAGCAGCUGGGGCACCGCCUGCAGCUCAGUGACCUCCUCAUCAAACCAGUGCAGAGGAUCAUGAAAUACCAACUGCUGCUCAAGGAUUUUCUCAAGUAUUACAGUAGGGCGGGGAUGGAUACUGCAGAGCUGGAGCGAGCUGUGGAAGUCAUGUGCUUCGUUCCCAAGCGCUGCAAUGACAUGAUGACCCUGGGGAGGCUGCGGGGGUUUGAGGGCAAACUGACUGCCCAGGGGAAGCUCUUGGGCCAGGACACAUUCUGGGUCACGGAGCCUGAAGCUGGGGGGCUUCUCUCUUCCCGGGGUCGAGAGCGGCGUGUCUUCCUCUUUGAGCAAAUUGUCAUCUUCAGUGAGGCCCUGGGAGGAGGAAUGCGAGGUGGAACACUGCCUGGAUAUGUGUACAAGAGCAGCAUCAAGGUGAGCUGCCUUGGACUGGAGGGGAACCUCCAAGGUGACCCUUGCCGCUUUGCUCUGACCUCCAGAGGGCCAGAGGGUGGGAUCCAGCGCUAUGUCCUGCAGACUGCAGACCCUGCAGUCAGUCAGGCCUGGAUGAAGCAAGUGGCUCAGAUCCUGGAAAGUCAGCGGGACUUUCUCAAUGCAUUGCAGUCACCCAUUGAGUACCAGAGACGUGAGAGCCAGACCAACAGCCUGGGGCGGCCAGGAGGGCCUGGGGUGGGAAGCCCUGGGAGAAUUCGGCCUGGAGACCGGGCCCAGGUCAGCACACACACACCCAUCAAUGGCUCGCUCCCCUCCCUGCUGCUGUUACCCAAAGGGGAGGUGGCUAGAGCCCUCCUGCCCCUGGACACACAGAUCCUCAGUGACAUCCCCCAGACUCCUCGUGACUCUUCUCCAGUUCCACCAAUUCCAAACACUCCUCCCUGCCAGGCCAGACUUGCCAAGUUGGAUGAAGAUGAACUGUAGCUGGUGAAGGCCAUGGGGGUGGUGCUGACUCAGCCACUCUCUUCCCCAAGGAACUCCAGGGCAAUCCUUCUGGCACCGCCCCGAAUUCCUCCCUCUAGGUGUGUCUGGAGGGUGGGCAAGGCUAGGAGUGGUGUCAACUUGGAGGAGGGUACGUAGACUAAAAAGGACUUGUUUCUGCCCCAGGGACACAGGUUCCUUUAGCUCCCACCCCUAUGCAUGCAUCAGGAUAUGUGGGUGGUGGGAGGGCUGGGGCAAGGGCCAAAUAGACGUUAUUGGUUUUAUUUUUCAUUUUGUCUUUUCUGUUUUCUGAGAAUAAAAGUUUUGUUAUAUCAGUGGGGUGCUGUCUUGGCAGAGGGAAGGGGAGGCGGCGGUAGGAAUAAGUGGGGUGAAGUUGUAUGGAAGAGCUUAGCUGGCUGCUCAAAUCAGUUUGAGGAGGGGUCUGGUGAAAGGAGAAGGGCACAGGGUGUAAGAUAAAAGACACUGCUAUCUUUGUCUCACAUCUGUAGUUGCAGCAUCUCUCAGUCCAGACCUGGGGCUUGGGGCCACUGGCAAACCCUAGAUCCUUGAUGUAUCCUCCCCUUUAUCCAGCCCUUCUUUCCCGCCCAUUUGGCCUCUGUUCUAAACCUCAUAGAAAAACUCAGUAUAGUCUAACUUCCCACCAUUCCUCCAACACCCAAAUACCCAAUGUACCUUUCCUUCUGAAGUCUCCAUGUUCAGCUGAGGGAGAAUGAGAAGGUGGAGAGGUUGCUGGGGGCUGUGGCCCCUUCUGGCUCUGAGUCUCCUUAUUUUUGCUCUCUGUGAGGUCCUAACGCAUAUCCGUACUGAGCAGGAAUGGAUUCCUCUUCAAGCCAUAGCCCCAAAAGUAGAGAGGCCGAAGGGGUCUUCACCCCUCCCAACUUCUGAGACAACCCUUGGGAAAGAGAGAGCCAAACAUGCAGGGAUCCAUGUCCAGAUGCCCUGUCCUGGGUCCUCAGGCAUUGGUGUGUCCACAGUGUCCAUUCCUCCCCUGGGCUUGGUCACGUGUACUUGGGCUUCCUAAGCAGACAAUAGACUGCUGGGGUGGGGGGUGGUAAGGAGGAGCAGGAGCCUCCCUGUGGGCCUGAGGUCCCUCUGGCUGACAAUGGGGGGAGGGACUUUUAAGGAGGGGGACAGGACGUACAGCCCAGAUAAGAGUUAUGGGGAACAAUAGGAGGAAUUGAAGAGGGGAGACCCACCCUCACUGUACCCCACCCCCAGGGCUUUGGGGUCAGGGACUGGGGACCAGAGGGUUUUAGGGAGGGGUGCUAAGGAUUCUUGCGGAGGAGGGGAUGGGGCAAAUAGCAGGAUCCUGAAGCUCAGAGCCUUUGUAUUUCUUUAGGGA